AUGCUUCCACAACUCUCCCUCAUUUUGGCUCUGCCUAUUUUGGCGCUUGCUGCGCCAUCACCGGCUCCCCUUGAGCAUAGCAAGAGAGCCAUUACAUGCCUCAAGGUCGGCGCAACGGCGACUGCAAGGUGGACGAACAGCGCAGGCCAGACGUGCACCUUCACCGGUGUUGUCGGAAGCAACUACGGCGCCAACAGUGCCGGUUCUGGAGAUUACUCUUGCAACGGCCGCUGCGGGGCUGGAUGCAGUGGCGCCGCACUUGGCAACGCCUACACCCAGGACUGCUUCUCCCAUGAUAUCUGCUCGUACUUCAACAACGCCAGCGGUGGUGCAAGUGACCCCAACUGCGGUGCUGCUUACAACGCUGCCGUUGAUGACACUGCUCUCGGUUCGCUUAAUGGCUGCGGACAGACCAACCCGUCGAACUCUGUGUCCAAACCGUCAAACAGACCUGUAUGCAGUUAA